AGCUGUUCCCUUAAACCAAUCCGCAGUUGGGCACGCACUCACGUAGUUCUGAAGUAUCUGAAAACCUCUGUAAAAAUUCCCUUACUCUCAAGAAGACUGAAAGCAACCAGUAAAACGAAAAAAGAUGAGCCCAAUCAGUGCGGAAGACAAACUGAACUACGUAAAGUCAAAGAUCGGCGAGUAUCCAAACUUUCCGAAAGAGGGCAUAAUAUUCCGCGAUAUAUUUGGUGCCCUCACCGAUGCCAAGGCCUGUGUUUACUUGAGGGAUUUGCUGGUGGACCACAUCCGGGAGAGCGCUCCCGAGGCGGAGAUCAUCGUGGGUCUGGACUCCCGGGGCUUCCUCUUCAACCUCCUCAUAGCCACCGAGUUGGGUGUGGGAUGUGCCCCCAUUCGCAAGAAGGGCAAGCUGGCAGGAGAAGUGGUUUCCGUGGAAUACAAACUGGAGUACGGUACUGACACCUUCGAGCUGCAGCGUUCCGCCAUUCAGCCGGGUCAGAAGGUCGUAAUCGUAGAUGAUCUACUAGCCACAGGUGGUUCCCUAUUUGCAGCCUCUGAACUUGUCCGCAAAGUGGGCGGCAUUGUCGUGGAAAGCCUGGUCGUUAUGGAACUGGUUGGCCUGGAGGGUCGCCAGAAGCUGGAUGGAAAAGUACAUUCCCUCAUCAAGUACUGAGAGUUAAUCAAAUUGAGACAAAUACCUUCCACAUUUGCAUUUAUUUAAUACCUCUCAAUUGUGGCUUUUCAACUAGCGAAUAUUUAUAACAUCACAGAAAUGUUAACAUUUUAUGAAACAGAGGCAUAUUUUUAUAAUGGAAUAUAUUUGAAAUUGAAAACGGUG